AUGGAAGCAGAUAACCACACAAAAGUUUCAGAAUUCCUUCUGCUGAAAGAAGGCCUUUCAGAGGAUCCUGAACUUCAACCUGUCUUCUAUGGACUUUUCCUGUCCAUGUACCUGGUUACUGUGUUUGGGAACCUACUCAUUAUCCUGGCCAUCAGCUCUGACCCUUACCUCCACACGCCUAUGUAUUUCUUCCUCUCCAAUCUGUCUUUUAUUGACAUCUGUUUCAUCACCACCACAGUUCCAAAGAUGCUGGUGAACAUCCAGACACAGAGUAAAGACAUUUCCUACAUAGCAUGUCUCACUCAGGUGUAUUUCUUCAUGAUAUUUGCUGGAUUGGACAAUUUUCUAUUGACUGUGAUGGCUUAUGAUCGGUUUGUAGCCAUCUGUCACCCCCUGCACUACACAUUCAUCAUGAAUCCCCGAUUCUGUGGUUUGUUGGUUCUGAUGUCUUGGAUCAUCAUUUUCUCUGUCUCCUUAUUUCAUAUUCUACUGAUGAUGCGAUUGAAAUUCUGUAUAGGUACUAAAAUCCCACAUUUCUUCUGUGAACUGGCUCAGAUGAUCAAAGUUGCCUGCUCUGAUGCCCUCCUCAAUAACAUCUUCUUGUAUAUGGCAACUGCCCUGCUGGCUGUGUUUCCUGUCACUGGGAUCUUCUUCUCUUAUUCUCAGAUUGUCUCCUCCUUAAUGAGAAUGUCCUCUGCUGGGGGCAAGUAUAAGGCAUUUUCCACCUGUGGGUCUCAUCUCUCUGUGGUCUCCUUGUUCUAUGGGACAGCCCUUGGGGUCUACCUCAGUUCUACUGUGACUCAUUCUUCUCAGAGAACCUCUAUUGCCUCAGUGAUGUACACUGUGGUCACACCUAUGCUGAAUCCCUUCAUCUACAGCUUAAGGAACAAGGAUGUGAAGGGAGCACUGAGAAGGCUUCUUUGUAGCACAGCCUCUUCUCCAUGA